AUGGAGAACAAGGCGCCCGGCACGACGGCACGCGCCGGUGGUUACGACACGGCGGGUGGGGCCUCAACGCAUGAGAACUUUUUUCACCCUCGGCGCAAUCUGAAGAAAAGCGUUCAGCGUGCGGGCCUGCGCUCUGCGCGCCGGAUCACGGUGGGCUUCACGGUGGGCAUGAUCGUGUUUCUCGUGCUCCCCAGCUACCUGGGCCCUCUGUACGUCGAGUACGUGGCCGGCAAUGACUGGCUUGAGCGGGCAAAGAAGUCGAUCUGGACGCGGCGUAACGAGAAGGACUACGACCUGUUUAUGACGCAACGCAAAAACGGCUGGCUGGAAUAUCUCGGCUUGAAACAUUACAAUAUCGGGGGUGACGAGAACCUUGGCGGGAUUCAAAAAUACAGAGAGGAAAAAAAGUAG